UGAAAAAAUCUGCAUAGAAUCAUAUUUAAGGGGUUUGCCUAGAUCGAGGCAUCACAGUUGUCGUGUCUUCCUUUGGUAGAACACUCCUAUUCAAAAAUGAAAUUGUUCAUCCUUGCCGCACUCAUCGCCGUCAGCUCCGCGGCUCGCCUGGAGCAUCUGGAACAGCAACGAGGACUUAAAGAACUUGCUUCUGCUCAUUCUGGUCAUCACCAGUUUGAUCAGCAGAGCGUUGAUGGCGAUGAAUCCAACAACUUCUCUUCUCAGGUAUCUGACAGUGUUGAUGCUGAAGACUCCGCUGCUCAAGGUCUGAAGGCUGGAUUUGCUGGUGUUCGUGUCACCUCUCAGCGGUCUAAUGGUAUUGAUGCAGAAAAUUCAGCAUUAACUCAAAGAUUGAGAGCUGGCGCCGCUGGUGCCCGUAGUCUCGCUUCUCUGAGAGCAAAUGAAUUUGAGACUGAAGAUUCUGAUGAAGGAUCAACCCUCCAAGGAUUGAAGACUGGAGAAGCUGGAGCCCGAGGCUUUACCCAACAAUCGAAUGUUCUUAAAGCUGGAGAUUCUGCUGGAUUCGGAUCUACUCGUCGAGGAUUGAAGGCUGGCGCUGGUGGUGCCCCUGCUCGCUCCAACGAGUACCUUCCUCCUGGUCAUGGUCCUUCUGGCAGCAAUGCUCACGGACAAGAUGCUCUCGAAGCCUCCAGCAACCAGUUCGCUUCCCAGUCUCAAUUCAGCCAGAACAAGUUCAGAACCCAAGGUUCCGGCAUCUUCAGACCCCAGGGUUCCACUGAUGGAAACGACUUCGGAUCCCAAGGUUCCACGGCUCAAGGCUCCAGAUUCGGAUCUCGUAGCAGCAACAGCUAUGGCGCCCAGAGAGGAUCUCGUGGUCAGAACGAAUACCUUCCUCCCAGGACCUCUCAUGACAACAUCCCACAGCAAGCCUUCGACCCGGAGACCGGUUACAUCUACUAAAUGUUUAAUAGCUUGACUACCUUCACAGUUUCUAGAGUCUAUUAUAUAUAUUUGUAAGUGCAGUAUACUUAUUAGUCAUACAUUGUAAAAUGGUUUAAAGACAAUAAAGUAUUAAAAAGAA